AUGCACACUGCCUCGAGUCGCCUGCAGCCGACGCACGCAGCAGCUACAGAAGUGCUGGUGGGCACGCAGAUGACGAUCAGCGGGCUCUCUUUCAGCAUGCGCCGCUGCGUCGGCAUUCCAGCCGAUGGUGGUGGGACGAGGAACGUGCAGGUGUCGUGGCAGCAGGAUGGCAGGGCUGAUUGCACGACGAUUCAAUUCUUCGAGACUCCCGACUGCACAGGACCAGUGGUGGACAUUCUCGCGCAGGGCAAGCAGAUGAUAUCGAAUGCCACGCUGCCCGCAGCAGUGGUGUCCGCCGGCUGCGACAUUGAUACCAGCAACACCACAGCUUCUUCCGAGUAUCCCGAUUCACAGAGUUCAAGCAUGGGCAAGUGUGGUUUCGACAGGCUCAACCCUUGCUUGGCGGGCUCGUGCAUCGACAGCGGCACGCAGCAGCACUCCUGUGUCUGCCCGCCCAACCUCUCGUCUCGUGGCACCUACUGCGCAAGAGAGGAUGACAGGGAGCCUGCUUCGUCCAUAACAGUGGCAGGUAGCGACUGGAGGUGCAAGGACGUGUACACCAUGUAUGGCCUCACGCUGCAGCAGUUCACCGCCAUGAACCCGGGUAUCAACUGUUCCGUUCUCCUGAAUCAAAGUCGUGAGCUCGUAGUGCGUGAGCUUCUGCAGCCCUGUUCGGCCUUCUACUUCAUCCAGCCUGAUGACACAUGCUUUUCUGUGGCUCAGUUUCUCGGCAUCUCCAAGGAAAGCUUAAAGGAUUUCAACCCUGGUAUUAGCUGCUCCGCACGCCUCCCUGCGUUCCGCUCCCUGUGUGUGGAGCGCGACCCAGCCAAGGCCAGGUGGAGAUGCGUGAAGCAGAUACAGAUCGGCAGCGUGGUGGACUUCAAGCAGGUGGCGGCAUCCAAUGGAGUCACCCUCGUGGACCUCUGCAGGCUCAAUCCGUGGCUGUCCUUCCGUGAUGCCAAGGGCGACAGCUAUGGUGUAAGUUUGGCCAUAUGA